AUGUGGGCGGCCCCCUGACGCUCUCUCCUCCUGCAGACGCCGCGGUAACGGAAGGCGGGGAGAACUUCAGCGCAAGAGCAGCGUCCUGAUUGGCAGCGGCAGCUCUUCUGACUGGCCACGGAGCGUUCGUCCGCAAGAGCAGCGUCCUGAUCAUGGAUGAGGCCACGGCCUCCAUAGACAUGGCCACGGAGAACAUCCUACAGAAGGUGGUGAUGACGGCUUUCCAGGAGCGCACCGUGGUCAUCAUAGCGCACCGGGUGCACACCAUCCUGAAGGCGGACAUGGUGAUAGUCAUGAAGCGCGGCGCCAUCAUGGAGUAUGACAAGCCGGAGGCGCUCCUGGAGCGGGAGGACAGCAUGUUCGCCUCCUAUGUCCAGGCGGAUAAAUAG